AUUCUUGAGAAUCAUCCACAUCCGCUUGAAAGAACCAGUCGAACCAAAUGGAGACUGCCGUGACCCCACAAAUAUUGGACGUUCGCGUUUCCGAUAACAAGAGGGGUGCCGACGAUGCCCAAGACCUCAGGAGACAGAUACUUGACGGGCUCUCUCGUCCCGCUGGUCAACGAUGUAUCCCUACUCUUGUCCUGUACGAUGAACGUGGCCUAAGGCUCUACGAUGAUAUUACGACGGAUGCACCAGAAUACUAUCUCUUCGCCGCGGAGGAGGAGAUCCUGAAGAAACAUGCAGACGAGAUCGUCAAAAUCAUGCAUACGGCGGCACUCCAGGACGGCCAUGUCAGUGGAAAUGAAGUGGUUCUCGAGCUGGGCGCGGGUGCUUUGCGAAAGACUUCGCACGUCUUGAAAGCUCUCGCCCGCUUGGUGCCCGAGGCUACCGCCUCUCCACCAAUUUUGUACUACGCCCUCGAUCUCGAGGAACGAGAGCUGAAGCGUACGCUCGGUCAACUGGCAGCCUCAGACACGGGCAGCAGCAUCAAAGGCCGUGUCGAGGCGAAAGGGAUGCUGGGGACAUAUGAUCACGGAAUCAAAUUCGUAGAGGAGGGAGGACUCUACGGAUCUAGCACGAGUAGUUCUCUCAACGCGGAGCAGUACAAGAUGGGGAAGGCCCGCAGGGAUCUCUCUCCAAGCUCAGACACAUCUUCGGGUUCGGAUUUCACGGAUACCACGGCGCCCUCCACACCCGACGCUACGCAGCAGCCGCUGCACAUAUUGUUCCUCGGAUCUUCCUUGGGGAACUUUGCUCGCGGGGACGACGCUGCAUUCUUGCGUUCCCUCCCGCUUCGUCCGGGGUCAGGCGAUACUUUACUGCUGGGUAUGGAUCACGACAAUGAUCCCAAAACGAUCGAAGUAGCGUAUAAUGAUCCUAAGGGUCACACUCGUAACUUCAUCAUGAAUGGUCUACGAUCAGCGGGCCGCGCUCUUGGAGACGAAUGUAUGUUCGACGAAGACAAGUGGGACUACGUCAACUCCUACGAAGAGAAAGAACGUCAACAUCGGGCAUACUACAAAUCGAAGGCCCAUCACAGCGUCAAGGUCCCUGGCACCGAGCUGGCGGUGGAAUUCCUACCUGACGAACUGGUGCACGUGGAAUGGUCAAACAAGUACUCUGAGAAAGAUGCUUACACCUUAUUCACUGAGUCAAAUCUCCGGCCAAUCCAACGCUGGUCAGAUGCCGCUUCGCGAUACUCACUCUGGUUGCUCGAGCGGCCACUGUUCCAAUUCCCGCUGCUACGGGCUCCUUCGAACGGAUCAUCAUCGUUCGGCGUCCCGACGGUCGAGGAAUGGCAGAACCUCUGGGCUGCUUGGGACUUCGUCACGAGACGGAUGGUCCCUCAAUCAAUGCUGUUCCAGAAGCCAAUUGAUUUGCGGCAUAUUUGCCUGUUCUAUUUCGGCCACAUCCCCACAUUCCUAGAUAUACAUCUGUCGCGGCUCUUGCAAGAGCCCCAUACCGCACCGGAGAACUUUAGGUAUAUUUUCGAACGAGGUAUUGAUCCCAACGUCGAGGAUCCGACCAAGUGCCAUUCUCAUUCCGAGGUUCCCCAAAAGGACGAAGAUUGGCCGUCCCUGGCGUUCAUCCUUGACUUCCAGUCGCGCGUUCGUGCUCGGCUCCUGAAGUUGUACGAUGACGUCGAAUCUGGCAAGAUUACUAUGACAAGGAAGAUCGGCAGAGUCCUAUUCAUGACGCACGAGCAUGAAGGCUUCCACCUUGAGACCUUGCUGUACAUGCUGUAUCAACGUGCGGGAACAGGUACCAUCCCUCCUCCCGGAUUUACGCCGCCGCCAUGGGAGUCUCUUUCCGCGACUUGGAACUCCGCGCCCGAACCCAGCAGUCCGACUGUCACUUUAGGUCCUGCGACCGUUUCGCUUGGGAUCGACGAUCCCGAACUCGAGGACAAGGAUCCCACGAAGGCCACACAGCUAGUUGGACAUGCCUUCGGUUGGGACAAUGAACAUCCCAAGCGCGAUGUGCAAGUGGGAAAGUUCAGUAUUGAAUGGAGACCUAUCACCAAUGGCCAGUUCUACGAGUUCUAUCAAGGAGAGGGUCGUGACAGAGUGAAGUUCCCUGCGAGUUGGGUGCGCGUCGGAAGUGACGUACAGGUCCGAACGUUCUAUGGCUCUGUGCCUAUCAAAAUCGCCUGGAACUGGCCUAUCGUGACAUCCUAUGACAACUUGUCAACUUACGCUACCGUCAAAGGAGGGCGUCUCCCAACGGAAGCUGAACUGCGUCUAUUCUUAGACAAGUUCGGAUGUGGGUACGAGGGAGGUGCUAACCAGGGCUUCCGCAACUGGCACCCUAUCCCGGCGACGACGGGUGGCCCUAAGGAUGGAGGGAAGGGCCACAAUGGCGGGGUGUGGGAGUGGACGUCAACCGUUCUCGAGGAGCAUGAAGGAUUCGUUCCGUCGGAACUCUACCCAGGCUACACUGCCGACUUCUUCGACGGUUGCCACAACGUAGUUAUUGGCGGUGCUUAUGCCACGAUUCCUCGGAUGGCUGAACGGAGGAGCUUGCGCAAUUGGUACCAGCGCAACUAUCCGUACCCGUGGGCUGGGGCUAGGAUCGUGUAUGAUGUUGUUCAGUGACGUGUCAGGUGGACCUGGUGGACCGUCCGGACAACCGCUGGAGAGGAAGAGGUGUUUGUGUCAGAGGCGGGUGUAGAACUUGAAGGAUGAUGGAGAAAACACAUCAUAUCCAAUGAACGCUUUCGACAUAUAAAGUCUUAUAUGACUGCGGAGCACUUUGCUCCGAAUACCUACUUGAUCAUGCGGUGCUCUCAGGCUAUGCACCCAUC